AUGCAAGAUAAUACACCUACUGUAGAAGAGGAAAAAGCCUCAUCUUCGGCCAAAAGACCUACUUCUGAGAUUGAUGAAGUAUUCGCAGGGAAAAAGAGGAAGGGACCUGAAACUGAAAAGGCUAAAAAACCAGUUGAAGAUGGGAUUGAAAAACCCUCAUCUUCAGCCAAAAAGCGAACUUCUGAGAUCGAUGAAAUAUUCGCAGGGAAGAAGAGGAAGAAACCUGAAACCGAAAAGUCUAAAAAGCCUAAAAAUCCAAAUGGAGAUGGGAUAGAAAACCCCAACAAGCUGAAUAAAAAGAAGAAAGACAAAGGGAUUAGAAAUGGUGGAUUUGGGGACCUGCCUUCUAAACCGAAAAAGAGAACGCAGGAUGGCUUUGCUAUCUACACAGAAGAAGAGUUGGGAAUUAAUAAGGCAGAUGCUGGAAGCACCCCGCUUUGUCCAUUUGAUUAUCAUGACUGUACCAAGUAUUUAAGUCCAAAAUUUGAAAGAGAAGUCUUGAGAUUUACAUCAGAUGUCAAGAUCAAGAGCAUUUCAAUUAUUGGUGGUGUUGAUGGAACAAGUACUUCCAAGAUGAGUGCAUAA